AUGGAGAACCCUGAAACCCGUCAACAAAAGUUGGAAAAUCAGAGAUCUCUUUUGAUUAAGAAGCAGCAAAGAAGGAGAACAGACACCCAAAUGGUGACUGCCAACUAUGAUGUUCGACCCAAAAACCGGAGGCAGAAGGCUGCUGCAGAGGAUAUGACUCCCUUGGUCAGCGAGUCACAGAGCAAUACGUCACUGAAAGCCCCUGAGCCUGAAGCCCUUUAUGACAUCCCUUUGGAAGAGAUCAGCAUAGGUGAAUUAAACACGACAACCAACAGAACUGCGGAGGAGACAGUCAGCACAACGCCUGCCAGCACAAGGAUUGUCUUACAGGCAAAUUGUAUACCUGAAGGCAGACAUACGGGAGAUGAAGCAAAGAAUCUUAAGGGGAAAAAGACAAAGAAAAAAGAACAAGAACAACUAGAAAGCGAAGCGAGAGAAAAAGAGAAGAAAACCAAAAAAACCAAAGAGAAGAGAACCCCCUCUGAGAAGAAGGAAAAUAAGACAUCUCAGCACCAAUAUAUGGAGGAGGAUGAAGAGGAGGAGGUGGAGGAUGAAGAGGAGCAAAAGGAUAUGAAAACUUGGAAAGUGACCAAAAAGAAAAAAGGGAAAACUCAAUGUCUCCACACUUUCAAUACUAAUGACCGGCAUUCUUCUUCAGAUAGCAACUCUACUGGAAGGAAUUCUCCCCUCUCUCUUGAAGACUUGGAGCAGUUUUCCUUGCGCCCUGCUCCAAGAAACACAACAAUUCAGUGCCGAAUUACCCGGGACAGAAGGGGUAUGGAGAAAGGCAUAUACCCCAUGUACUACCUCCAUCUCGAGAAGUCAGAUGGAAAGAGGGUUUUUCUCAUGGCAGGCAGGAAGAGGAAAAAGAGCAAAACUUCAAAUUAUUUAAUCUCUGUUGAUCCCACUGACCUGUCCAGAGAUACAGAAAGCUACAUAGGAAAAUUACGAUCCAAUGUGCUGGGGACUAAAUUCACAGUGUAUGAUGCUGGAGAAAAUCCAGAAAAAAAGCCUUUCAUCAAAGAAAUAGAGACCCUUCGCCAGGAGAUUGCAGCAAUAUGCUAUGAGAAAAAUGUACUGGGGUUUAAAGGCCCAAGGAAGAUGACUGUGAUCAUUCCUGGGAUGAGGGCAAAUGAUGAGAGAGUUGUGAUUCGCCCUAAAAAUGAAUUGGAGUCUCUGCUCUGUCGCUAUGAAAAUGGCAAUACAGACAACCUGGUCACCCUGAUAAAUAAGUCUCCGAGCUGGAAUGAGCAGACACAGUCCUAUGUACUUAACUUCCAUGGUCGAGUCACUCAGGCUUCUGUCAAAAACUUUCAGAUCAUUCAUCCUGACAAUGAGGACUACAUUGUAAUGCAGUUUGGUCGGGUGGCAGAAGAUGUCUUCUCCAUGGACUACAGUUUUCCAUUGUGUGCACUGCAGGCCUUUGCCAUUACACUGUCUUCCUUUGAUGGGAAACUGGCAUGUGAAUAA